CCUCAUCCCUUUCUUUCUACGAAGGCAUGUUUCGUGCUUUUGCAAACACCCCACCCCCACCCCCCACCCACCUUCUCACAGAAAAUACCAAGUAUAAUAAUUUUAUAUUUUGUCAAGUUUCUAGAGAAGUGAGAAUUCCUGAAAUUGCCGUAUAAAUAUUGCACCCAUACCCUUUACUUUUCUCUCAAACUUCUUACUCAUUAUUACAUACUUUUCAAACACCCAUACUAUAUAUACACAUUUGAUCUCUUCUGCCAAAUCAAAUUUCCAAAUGUCUGAUAUGGCUGUUUGCAGCCUGCUUUUAAUCAUGGCUCUAUUGACGCUCGGCAACACAGUUUCUGCUGAUCCAGAUAUGCUUCAAGAUCUUUGUGUUGCUGAUCUCACAUCUGGUGUGAAAGUGAACGGAUACCCAUGCAAGUCAAACGUGACGGCGGAGGAUUUCUUCUUCGCCGGAAUCGCGAAGCCCGGCGCCACCAACAACUCGAUGGGGGCGCUGGUGACGGGCGCCAAUGUGCAAAGGAUCCCUGGGCUGAACACGCUGGGCGUGUCCCUUGCGCGUAUCGACUACGCCCCCGGCGGAUUGAACCCGCCGCACACGCACCCACGCGCCACCGAGGUGGUGUUCGUGCUCGAGGGGGAGCUCGACGUGGGGUUCAUCACCACCGCCAAUGUCCUCAUCUCCAAAUCCAUCAAGCAGGGCGACGUCUUCGCCUUCCCCAAGGGCCUCGUCCACUUCCAGAAGAACAACGGUAAGGUUCCCGCCGCCGUCAUCUCCGCCUUCAACAGCCAGCUGCCCGGCACGCAGUCCAUUGCCGCCACGCUUUUCGCCGCAACGCCGCCGGUGCCGGACAAUGUCUUGACCAAGGCGUUCAUGGUUGGGACCAAGGAAGUGCAGAAGAUCAAAUCCAGAUUUGCGCCUAAAAGUUGAUCGAGAAAUUAAUUCAUUAAUUUGCUUGAUUUGUUGGAUAGAAUAAUUUCGAAGUUUUUUUUGGUGUGUUUAAUAUAAGGGCAAUGCAUAACAAUGAUUUUCUUUCUUUUACUGUGAUUUAAUAAUGAAUAAUAAAAUUUGAAUUGUUUCUUCGA